GCGCCGUUUGAAUACAUACAUUUUCAUAUUGUUCAGCGAUGCUUGAAACGGAAAUGUACCUAAAAUAAAAAUUAUUAUUGUCACACAUAUGCCUUCCGUGUACCUAUACAUUACCAAAUAUGUUUUUUAUAAAAAUUCUUACAAUAUUGCUCAUUAGUGUCGGUUGUGAGAGGGCACAAGCUCAAAAAGUUCGCGAAAUUUUCAAAUUGCCCGAUGCAAAUCUUAGCGUUGUUGUGAUUUUAAGUAACGAUUGUGAAAAUUUGAAUUAUUUUAAAAGAACUUUAGUGAAUUCGGCCAUAUGGGUCGCCGAAAGGAUAAACUUCUUAGAAAUCAUCUAUCCUUUGAAAUUGGGACUAGAAGUUUACGACACUUGCUCAGAAAUAGACUAUCUCAAGACUCUAUUUUCAAUAUACGAAAACGAUGAUUUAUUUACUUUAGGUGUAGUGUCAGAUCGGGAAACUAAUAGCGAAAAAGCGAUUAAGUUUAGUGACGUUUUGGGUUUGAAAAUUAAAACCAAGAAAACUGAUCUGAGUCAUAUGGUAAAAGCGUGCCUUCACUUUCUAUUGGCUGUGGGGUGGAAAAGUAAUAUCACGCUGGUGACUACUGAUGAGAAAAUCGUCGAUACGUUUUAUUUGCAUUCGAAGAAAAUGGGAUUAUGUAUUAAGGAAUGUUACAUAGCUGAAAAUAUACGGUCGUUAACCUUGAAUGCAACCGGUGAAGAUCCGCUGAUAUUUUUUGGAACCGCAUCCGAUAUCAAUCAGUUCUUCCACAAUGACACACAUUCCGAGGACGAAAGAUUUUCACCAGAGAAUAUGGUGAUUGUUCCAUUGGAUGGAGAUGUACCUAUUGGACUCCCCGAAGGAAGCUUCAUAAUACUACCUACACAUUCGCCCCAAACAGAUUCUUUCAAGCCCAAUCUCAACAUAUCACCAACACCUUUACUUUUCGACAUAGCCAAUCCGAUAAUAAACUUUGCAUUUGAAGCGAGAAAAUUCCUAGCUACAAGUUGCAACGACACAAUUUACAAAAUCAAUUGCUUCAAAAGGAAAACUUCAAAUAUCAUGCAUAGUUUUCCGCAUGUAAUGUUACCAAGAGAUAUAAUUAGAACCCUCAAAAUUGAAUCUCUCAUGCCAUAUUUUGAUUAUAAUAUUUAUAGGGUAGGCAAUAUAAGUGAUGUGUUUCAACUUACUAACAUCUACCUGAGACCUUUUAGGAAAAUUUAUGCCUAUAAUAUGUUUUCGGAAAAUUUAACCUUAAUAGAUGAAGGCUUUGACGUAUCAACUUUCAAUAAUAAUGACUCUUCGGCAACUUGCUCUCAGCAAUUUAUCAUUUUAAGAAACCACAAUAAUUAUUAUAGGCCUACUAUAAUAUCUUUCAGAAAUGAAGCUUGGUUGUAUGCAAUACUAUCUUUAGCAUUAUUAGGAGUUUUAUUUUGCAUAACCAUAUUAAUAUAUCUACUUACAGCUUUAUUCCAAAAACGAAUCCUAGAGGGCAAUCCAGUUUUAACUCUAUUUCUUCUAUUUGCCGUUAUGAUAAUAUUUUGUUCGGUCUUGCCUUUUAGCAUUGAAACUAAUAAAAACUUACAAAGGAUUUUAUGUAUCACAAAAGCACUCUCUGUAACUUUGAGCUAUGCAUUUGCCUUUUCUCUAUUAUUAUCCAGAUGUAUUAUGCUUGGUUCAGCGGCUAAGGAAAUAGGAUUUAUGUCUCACAUAGCUGGUCCUACACAAGCAUUUUUAUGUCUAUUUAUUUUUGGAGUUCAAGCAGCAUUAAGUUUACACAUAAUUAUCAUGGGCAAGUGUAGCGAAUUAUUAUUAUUCACUCAAGGUUAUAAUUUCGUUUAUUUGAUGUCUUACGAUACAAUGCUUUUAAUGUUGCUCGUUUGUCUUACUCCUUUAAUCUACAAAAGUCAAAGGAACUACAGAGAGGGCAAAUAUUUUACAAUUGCAAUAGUUCUCAUUGCUUUUGUAUGGUUUGUAUGGUUGCCAGCGUUCGCCUUGCUAUGCCAGGAAUGGAAAGAGUUGAUGAUAUGUUUGGGGCUGAUUGCUACAGGGGGAAUAUUAUUGGGGGCUAUUUUUAUACCGAGGACGUUUCUGAUGACAAUUGCCAAUGAGAGGGAUAAAAUCACCAGUGUCUUGCCUUCUCUUACGACUGCGACUAGUACUGCAGACAUUUACAGGGCUCAUACUCAGCCUAUAUACGAUUGUAUAAACGUUGCCGCAAUCAAUGCAGCCGCAGUGGCCCGAGCUGGAGUUGCACCAACUGCACCAAUGACGACCCUUCAACAACCGGACUUGUAUUCUUGUCCUGCUCUGCCCGAAGACAUCAAUUUUGAUUUGUGUUGCGAUUCUCCCAAGAAUACUGAUAAAGUUACACGGUUUUAAUAAUAAUUGUUCAUCGAAUUUGUUUUCGUACUUUUAUCUUAAUUAAUUUGAAGUUUUCUGUUUUCAUGUAGCUGAUUUUUCUCCGACAAAAUAUUGUAUUAUAUUAAAUUCAUACAUUCAUAUUUGUAAUAAGUUAUAUACCUAUCAAAUCAACCCAUCAUUAUUUAACAAAAUACCUAUACGAAGCAUAACUACAAUAAGUAUAAUAUUAUAUUUUAAGCUUGCUUUCUACACAGCCAGAUUGAAAUUCUGAGUAAGUUAUUGCUUCAAUUAGUAGGUUUCUAUAAUACCUAAACGAUUUUAUUUGGUGAGAGCCAGCUCUGGCAAAUAGUUGUUUCCCUAAUUAGCGUAAUUUUAUUGUUGAGUGAACCUGAUAUGCGCUGCAGUCAAUUAACUCUAUAACCGAUAAACAGCUCACUUAUUAUUAUCUUGUAUAGGAAAUUAAUUAGGUAUUUGCCAUGUAUACUGAUAAGGUAUAUGUAAUAGAAGCUAGAUUUUGAUUGUAUUAUCUUUUUUGUAUUUGCCUAAGAAUAUAGGUAUGUACAUUGUGAGAUUUGAAGCCGAAAUUUCAGAAAAAGAACAGCAGAAAAAAUUAAAAAUGAUAAAACUUCCUCCUCAUUCCUUACUGGGAUAUCAUCUCCGGAAUUAUAAAUCUAAAUGAGCUGAAAUUUUCAGGAUUUGUAAUCCUCCAUUAGAAUGAAAUUCCCUGAAAAUUCCAGAUCAUUCAAGCUCGUUCAAAUUCCAGACUAUGAAUCAUUGUGAGAUUUGAAAUCUAUUCUUAUAGUAAAUAUAAUUUUGUUCAAUCUAAUUUAAUAUUGCUCCAAUUAUAUUAUAUUCAACUAUGUAAUAAAUGAAUACAUUUAU